GCCCCCCAAGUGUCACUACUAUUUCCAUCAAACGACGAAGGAAAUGUAGUGAAAAUUUCAAAAGGAUCGAAAUAACAGGAUUGAAAUAAAAGGAUGAAAUGGAAAAAGGUCCCCGGCUUGUCUAGAGUCGACCUUGAGCUUGUCCUUUGCGUGCACACCUCUUUGAACAAAGCCAGUCAUGUCCUGGAGAGAUUACGGCGGUGAAGUAGCACCACCGCAACCAGCUGGUAACCGCUGGGCGGCAGCUGCUGCGCAAGCUGCGGAUGGGAACAGGUCGUCGACAGGCUAUCGUUCUUGGGAGACUGUGGACGACGAACCAGAAGACUAUGACAACACCGACUGGUUGCAACGCAAGACAAAAAAAGUCCAAAACGAUUCCCUCCAGAGUACCCGUCGUGCCUUACAGCGUUUAAACGAGACCGAUGCUAUUGCUACCUCCAAUUUAACAAGACUGAACCAACAGUCGGAACAGCUUUACAAGGUCAACAGCCGUCUCGAAAGCGCUGAACAGCAUGUCAAAGUCAGCGACUCUAAAGCAGAUCAUUUAAAAUCCCUCAAUCGGUACUUUUUCCUACCGUCCUUUGGUGGCAAGAAAGCAAGAGAGCGAGAAGAGGCUGCUAAACGAGAAAACGCCGAACGCUCAACUCGUGACGAAUCCGCUCUUGAGCGGGACCGACAAGCUCGUGACGAGCGCUUCCAGUCCAUUCGCAAUGCAAACUACAUGUCAUCGACUCGUGGAAUGUAUUCCACUCCUCAAGGUAUCGAACAUGAUAAUACAGAGGAGGAAAUCGACAACAAUCUGGAUCAAAUUUCGUCCGGCUUGCAGAGAUUGAAGAUGAUGAGUCAGAGCAUGAACACCGAGUUGGACUCGCAGAGGGAUAUGAUUGGGAGGAUAUCAGAUCGUACGGACCGUACUGGGGAGAGGAUUAGAAAUACGACAAGAAAGAUUGAUCGGAUCAAAUAGACAACAGAGGACGUGAGGAGCUACACAUUGUAGAACAGAAAUUUUGUAUAUAGGAUUUUCUAUGAAUAUGGAUGCGUUUUAGCACCUUUUUCCGACA